UGCGCCCCCCGGCUGCCCCCUCCUCGCCCAGCAGCCCCCCAAGUCCCGGGACCGGCCGCCCUCGGGGUGCCCGGCGCGUCCUAGGCGCGCGGUGGGUCUCCCUUCCCCAUGGCCGGCGCGGGGGGUCUGCGCGGCGCCCUGGCCUGCUGCUUGCUGGGGCUGCUGGGCGGCGCGGCUUCGCUGAACGGCAGCUCGGAGGAUCGGUGCAAGCGCGCGGCGCCCUGCGAGGCCCUCCGGGAGAGCGCCUGCCUGGGCUCGCCGCUGCCCUACGCCGCCACCUCCACGCUGCUGGCCGGGGACUCCAGCUCGCAGGCGGAGGCGCACGACAAGCUGCUGCUCUGGUCCGGCUUGCGAAAUGCACCGCGCUGCUGGGAUGUCAUCCAGCCCCUGUUGUGUGCCGUGUACAUGCCGAAGUGCGAAGAUGGGAAGGUGGAACUGCCCAGCCAGACGUUGUGCCAGGCCACGCGGGGGCCCUGCACCAUCGUGGAACGAGAGAGGGGCUGGCCCGACUUCCUCAAAUGCACCACGGAUCGUUUCCCUGAAGGGUGCCCGAACGAGGUCCAGAACAUCAAAUUCAACAGCUCGGGGCGAUGCGAAGCCCCCCUGGUGCAGACUGACAACCCCAAAAGCUGGUACGAGGACGUGGAAGGUUGUGGGAUCCAGUGCCAGAACCCGCUCUUCACCCAGAAGGAACACCGGGAGAUGCACGUCUACAUCGCUGCCUUCAGCUCCGUCACGAUUCUUUGCACCUUUUUCACCCUGGCCACCUUCGUAGCCGACUGGAAGAAUUCGAACCGUUACCCGGCUGUCAUCCUCUUCUACGUCAACGCCUGCUUCUUCGCGGGCAGCAUCGGCUGGCUGGCCCAGUUCAUGGACGGCGCCCGCAGUGAGAUCGUCUGCCGUGCCGACGGCACCAUGCGCUUGGGGGAGCCCACCUCCAACGAGACCCUUUCCUGCGUGAUCAUCUUUGUGAUUGUCUACUACUCCCUGAUGUCGGGCGUGAUCUGGUUCGUCAUGCUGACGUACGCCUGGCACACCUCCUUCAAGGCGCUGGGGACCACCUACCAGCCGCUGGCAGGAAAGACGUCCUACUUCCACCUGGUCACCUGGUCCGUCCCCUUUGUUCUCACUGUGGCCAUCUUGGCGGUGGCCCAGGUGGACGGAGAUUCGGUUAGUGGCAUCUGCUUUGUGGGGUACAAAAACUACCACUACCGUGCGGGGUUUGUCCUGGCCCCUAUCGGCCUGGUAUUAAUUAUCGGGGGCUACUUCCUGAUCAAAGGAGUGAUGACGCUCUUCUCUAUCAAAAGCAACCAUCCAGGUCUCCUUAGUGAGAAAGCGGCCAGCAAGAUCAACGAGACCAUGUUACGCCUCGGGAUAUUCGGCUUUUUGGCCUUCGGCUUUGUCUUCAUCACCUUCGGCUGCCAUUUCUACGACUUCUUCAACCAGGCGGAGUGGGAACGUAGCUUCCGGGAAUACGUGCUGUGCGAGGCCAACGUGACCAUCGCCACGCAGACCAAGAAGCCGAUCCCGGAUUGUGGGAUCAAGAACCGCCCCAGCCUCCUGGUGGAGAAGAUCAACCUCUUUGCCAUGUUUGGGACCGGCAUCUCCAUGAGCACCUGGGUCUGGACCAAGGCCACCUUGCUCAUCUGGAAGCGCACCUGGGGCAGGCUGACCGGCCAGAGCAGCAACGAGCCGAAGCGGCUGAAGAAGAGCAGGAUGAUCGCCAAGGCCUUCUCCCGACGGAAGGAGCUGCAGCAGAACCCCCAGCAGGAGCUCUCCUUCAGCCUGCGCACCGUCUCGCACGAGGGGCCGGUCGCUGGUUUGGCGUUCGAUCUCAGCGAACCGUCGGGAGACAUGUCCUCGGCUUGGGCGCAACAUGUGACCAAGAUGGUGGCCAGGAGAGGCGCCAUUCUCUCUCAGGACGUCUCGGUCACACCUGUCGCUACGCCAGUGCCCCAGGAGGAAAGGGCCAGUCACUGGCUGAUGGAAGGCGAGUUUUCCUCCAGGCGGGCCAAGAAAUCAACCCGGAAGAAGAAGAAGCACAGGAAGAAGAAGGGGGUCAACCCUUCCGGGCCGGCCGCCGAGACCUGCACCCCGAAUUACUUCGCCCCGGAGGUCCCCAGCUCCGUCCCACACCUGCCCCGGCUCCCCAGGGCCAAGUGCUUCGUCGCCAACCCACAGCAGGUCCAGGCUCUGGACGAUGUCCUUUUGCCUCGAGCGGCCCCCGACUGGAGACCCCGACACCCCCAGCAGCCGGACCACCUUCUGGGCCGACGGCCCCCCAGCACCUGCAGGCGCGACAACCCCCCAGAUCUCAUCAACCACCCCUUUUGUCCCGAUCUGGGGGGUCCCGAGGAAGCCGGACCGGACCGUGGAACGUGGCUGGUUCCCGGACGGCAGCCCUCGCAUUUUCGGGGGGGUGCCUUCCCCGCUGCCCCCAGGAGCUCUGCUGCUUUGUUCCUGGGCAGUGAUGCCUAUGGGGCGCAGCCGCCUCUGGGCAGGUGGGGUGGGCUGCCCCCCAUCCAUUCCCGGACAAACCUGAUGGACGCCGAGUUGGUGGACCUGGACUCUGACUUUUAGGUGGGGGCUUUCGAUGGCUCGGCUUGGGGAGGAGGGGGUGUCAAUCAGCCAUGGUUGGUAGAAAGAAGGGGAAGGGUCUGUGUCUUCAGGACCACCCCUGGGGGGCUGCUCCGUCCCCUUCAAGGAUAUUAUGGGAAUGGGCUUUCCUUGGACCACCUUCUGAAGACCGGCUGUGCUUUAACCCCCCCCCCCUUCAACUGGUGGACCUCUGCCAGAAGACCACGGGUGGGAUUGUCUCCUCGCUUUGGGAUGAGGAGAACCUCAAGGAGGUUGGUGGCGUCCAGAAUGAGGAAGACUCUGCAGUGCCAAAUGUAGAAGGUCCCCCCCCUUGCGCUGAUGAGGCUACGUAGUCGGUUCAUGAAAUGUCUGCAAGAAAACAAGCCAGGUCAGAGGGCAUCAAGAGCCCUCAUUUCCUUCCUUCCUUCCUUCCUUCCAUUCAUCCAUCCCCCUAUUCUUCCUUUCUCUUCCUCUCCCU